CGUCGGAUGUUUUCCGUCUUGUGAGAGGAGAGAGGAGCACAGCGGGACGCGGUUGUUUGUGUCGCCUGUUAUGCUCAUCAUCCAGGCCUAUAUUUAACAUUUGAACGCUAUCAUUCAAUUAGGAAGGCGUUUUCUCCACCGCAUGCACACACACAGGACAGGAGACUGCACGGCUCGCAACCGAGAAUAUGGACUUGCACAUACUGGACCACAGGCUACGGGUCACCUGCAUAUCCAAGAAUGGGCUGGUGAAUUUCACACACCCGCUGAUAAAGCUGAUAUUCCUGCGAAACAGGACACGAUGCAAGUUUUUCAGCUUGACAGAGACACCAGAGAACUACACAGUCGUCCUUGACGAGGAAGGUUUCAAAGAGCUCCAGCCCUCCGAGCACCUUCAGGUAGAAGGCUCCAUCUGGCUGCCCCUCAACGUGGUCUCUAAUGGCAACGCCUCCAGCAGCUCUCAGGCCGUGGGUGUGACCAAGAUCGCAAAGUCGGUCAUCGCCCCGCUGGCUCAGCAACAUGUCUCUGUGUUUAUGCUCUCCACAUAUCAGACUGACUUCAUCCUGGUGAGAGAGAAAGACUUGUCUGUGGUCGUCACCACUCUGGAGGAGGAGUUCAAUAUCUACAGAGAGGUGGGAGGAGAGUCUGUCCCUGUGCACUGCCAGGAUGUUUCCAACGGCCUCCAAAAGAACGGCAAAGAAGCCAUCCAGCCUACAGUUCACCCAGUGCUGAUCCCCCAGAACCAAUUCUGUGUGAUGUCUCUGGACCCGGACACACUGCCAUCCAUCGCCACCACGCUAAUUGAUGUCCUUUUUUAUUCCAGCAGCCCCAAAGAGGAUGUGCAGUCAUCUCCUAGCCAGGACCUGGACUGCGUCAAGUUUUUCUCCUUCUCCCUCAUCGAUGGCUACAUCUCACUGGUGAUGGACACAGAGGCUCAGAGACAGUUUCCUGCUGAUCUGCUUUUCACCAGUUCCUCCGGAGAGCUGUGGAGAAUGGUGCGGAUAGGGGGACAACCGCUAGGUUUUGAUGAAUGUGGGAUCGUUGCUCAGAUAUCUCAGCCUCUGGCCGACAGCGACAUUUCUGCCUAUUACAUAAGCACCUUCAGCUUCGACCAUGCUCUGGUUCCCGAGGAGGAUAUAGUGAGUGUGACAGACAUGCUCCAGCAUCAGAGGAAAGAACCAGCCACCAGCUGAUAUCUGAAGUCCCAUCUGAGCUGGACCAUCAGCUCAAUAUGGCCCCCCCACCCCACCCCGCUCACUCCAGCUCCAGUAGCCAGGGGUGGCAGGGAAGCAGGAAAGGGAGGCUUAACUCUGUGCCUAGACUAGCACUGCAUCGCCAGCAGUAUUAACUACUAUGAACUUGCCAUGAACACCAGAAGCGCUUCCCUUAUGGUGUGCACAAACAGUUUGUCUAUGAGGCCUCCUGUCUUACCUAUUCAAGGCAGAAUGCA